AUGACGAUCUAUUGUGGAUAUACUAAAGAAGAAGCUCUUCGUGCUGGUGGUUGUACUCAUGCUGUAAAGUAUAUUUGUAAUGUAAAAACAAAUGAGGUUAAUACUAUGAAGAAGAUUUACAAGAUUUUUGCUCAGAAUUGGAAUGCCACAGAAAAGCUGUUGGUAUGUGAACAAGAAAAUGAAGAACUUGCUAAGGAACUGGUGAAGCAGUAUAAUGCUAAGAUCUUCCUGCUUCAUUUCUAUUAUGAAGCAGUAGAACUUUCUUAA